AUGCCCGCGCGCAAACGCAUGUACGCUACUGCGAUAAUGGAUCUCAGCAGAAAGUUGUUGGGACAGAAGAUGUUUGAGCAGUUUAUGAAGAGGACAUUCUACGGUCAGUUUGUGGCAGGGGAGGACCAUCAGUCCAUCAGGCCUGUAGUGCAGAAGAACCAAGCGUAUGGAGUGUGAGCUGUGCUGGAUUAUAGCGUAGAAGAUGAUCUCUCACAGGAAGAGGCUGAGAGGAAAGAGAUGGGAUCUUGCAUGUCUACAUCAGAGAAAGAAAGCCCUGGAGCUGACCACCAGGAGAAGUUGUUCACCGCACGUCAGAAGUUUGGCGAUCGUCGUGAAGGCGUGACAAGCACUCGUACUUAUUUCUAUGCCGAUGAGGCGAAAUGCGACCAGCACAUGGAGACUUUCCUGAAAUGCAUCAAAGCCUCAGGUGAAAGUUCUGAAGACGGUUUCUUGGCUGUUAAGAUGACUGCCUUGGGGCGACCACAAUUCCUGCUCCAGUUCUCCGAGGUGCUGGUGAAAUGGAGAUGCUUUUUCAGUUUCCUGGCUGCCAAGCAGGGGAAAGAUGGCGUGGAGGUGUUGGAGCAGAAACUGGAUCUAGAGCAAUUGCAGACAUGUCUAGCCAGACUGGGAGCUCAAGGCAACAUUCAGAGCUGCCUCUCUGAUGGACUAAGAUUAAUAAAUACUGGUCAGCUGGAGCCUCUUCUGUCCAAGUUCACUGAAGAAGAGGAAAGGCAGAUGAAAAGGAUGCGUCAGCGCCUGGAUGUCUUGGCUAAGCAUGCGGUGGAAAAUGGCGUCAGGCUGAUGGUGGAUGCCGAACAGACAUAUUUCCAGCAUGCUAUCAGCAGACUCACUGUGGAAAUGAAGAUAAUCUUCAACCGAGACAAAGCUGUUGUUUUUAACACCUAUCAGUGCUACCUCAAAGAGGCAUUUGAUAAUGUGUCCAUGGAUGUUGAGUUAUCAAGAAGGGAGGGCUGGUGUUUUGGUGCCAAGGUAGGGGGGGCUUACAUGUACCAGGAGAGAAGCCGAGCUGCAGAGAUUGGAUAUGAAGACCUCAUCAACCCAGAAUAUGAAUCCACUAACAGAAUGUACCACAAGUGUCUGGAUUACGUGCUGGAGGAGAUCGAAUGGAAUAAGAAAGCAAAUGUCAUGGUGGCAUCGCACAAUCUAGACACUGUUAAACACACUCAGAAGAGGAUGAAUGAAAUGGGUCUGGCACCCACAGAUAAGAAGGUGUACUUCAGCCAGCUCCUGAGAAUGUGCGACCAAAUCAACUUUCCAUUAGCAGCAUGGGACGUCUGCACAAAGAAUGGAUUCAAACCAACAUGGGGUCUCUGA